GGGACGCUACCCACUAAACACUCGUUUCAAGAGUUGCCUCCCAUACAAAGAUGGCUGCGCCGUAUCAGAACUUCAAGACUGAAAGUCAGAUUAAUUAUGAAAGGGAGGCCUUACGAGAAGCGCGAAAGUCCGUGAUUCAAAAGGCAAAACGCCAAUAUGAGGAAUCUGAAAAGAAAAAGGAAAAAGCCAGGUUAGCAGGUGAGGGAACGUGGAUGCUUUCAUCAGUCAGUGAUCGAAUCGACAGGGAGGAAGAGGCAAUGAAAAAACUAAAGAAAAAGAAGAAGAAAGAACAUAAGAAACAGAAAAAGAAAGAAAAAAAGAAGAGUAAAAAAGAUAGUUCCUCUGAUUUAGAUUCUUCUAGCAGUGACAGUGAGCAUCAGUGGAUUGAGAAGGUGGGAGAUGACUCUAAAGCACAAGUCAAAUCCAUCAGUGGACCAAGCCUUCAGAGAGACGACUGGAUGUGUUCGACCAGUGUGGCCGAAAUCAAGGACCAAAAAGGUCCACACAAGCAUUUUACUGCAAACUCCUCAUCGUCUUCCCUGAAAAAGAAAUUUGCCAAACCAGGUGAUAGUGAUGAAAAUGAGCAAGCAUGGGUAAGUAGGAGAGAAAAGGAACGAUUGAGAGACUCGGGGUUCAAAGGGAGGCCUGUCAUCAGUGCCGGGUGGAAGAAACAGGAAUUUCACAAGCCAGAGAAGAGUAGCAACAUCCAAGAGGCUGAAUGGCGCUCAGGUUCCACAAAGAGGCAAAGGCAAGAAAAUGCACAGUCAUCCAGCUCAAGUUCAUCUUUAAGCAGUUCUGGUGAUGAGUCAUCCAGUGAAGAGAAUAGGCAAACAGAGAGGAAGCCUCAAAUACCUGCAGUCACAAUUUUGUCUGAAGGCGACAUGAAUGCUUUGGGAGCCAAAAUUCUCAGGGCAGAGAUGAUGGGAGAUACUGAACUGGCACAGAAGCUGAAAGAUCAGCUGGAGGAAGCACAACGUGCCAAGGCGGAGCUAGGGACUUCUUCCACAUCACAGUCACAGCAAGCAGCAAUGGCAAGUUCAAAGGUCAAAGAAACUGAUGAGGACAAUGUGGUGGUUCUGACCCGAACGGGACGUGAUGGCAUUGUGCGGCCACUUCCAGAACAGACAUAUGGCAGAGAAGUCAGAGGAAAGCAGAGAAAGAAAAAGAAUGUAGAGACUCACUCUAGAAAGGGAGAGAGGACAAAGUACUUUGAUGACGAUGAUCGGCAUGACCUCAAGAAGCUGGUGGAGCAAGAGAAGUUGGGGACAGCAGAAGAUCAGAAUGCUAUGUUCGCUCGCUUGGCUGGCAGGAGCAAAGAACAGACUGAUGAUGACUUCCAGGUGGAUGAUAUUUUUAUUUCCAAGGCAGCUCGUCAACAAUCUGAUGCUAGGGCUGAGGAGAAGGAGCGUAGCAAAGCCAUCUUUGAGCACAGAAAAAUUACUGCUGCUAUGGACAAAUGUCACUUUUGCUUUGACAAGGUUCCGAAGCAUUUGAUCAUUGCCAUAGGCAGAAAGGUGUACUUGUGUUUGCCUUCACACCGUUCACUGACACCUGGCCACUGUCUGAUCGUACCAAUGCAGCAUGUGUCUUCAGGAACAUCAGUUGAUGAAGAUGUCUGGCGUGAAGUACAGGCUUUUCGAAAAAGCCUGGUCAGGAUGUUCGCUAGUAAGGACCAGGACUUGAUAGUCAUGGAGGCCAGCAUGCAUCUGAAACACUUCCCUCACAUGUGUGUGGAGUGCAUUCCUUUGGAUCAAGAAACUGGCAGCAUGGCACCCAUCUAUUUCAAGAAAGCCAUCAUGGAAGCUGGCCCAGAGUGGUCAAACAACAAAAAACUGGUUGACCUUAGCAAGAAGGAUAUCCGACAUGCAAUUCCAAAAGGAUUUCCAUACUUCAGUGUAGACUUUGGCUUACAGGGGGGUUUUGCUCAUGUUAUUGAAGAUGAGCAACGUUUUCCAUCAUACUUUGGAAGGGAAAUAGUGGGAGGAAUGCUGGAUGCCGAGCCUGCUCUUUGGAGGAAACACCAUCGUGAGGUGUUUGAAGAUCAGAGAUGCAAAGUUCUGGAAUUUGCUGAAUGGUGGAAACCUUAUGACUGGACACAGCAGUUGUCAAAAGAUGAUUAAAAACAUUUGAAAG